CCUUCCCCGGGGAGCCCAAGCGGCGUCCGAGCAGCCCGCCAGCCCGGCGGGGGUGCCGCUCGUGCCGCACUCGCCCUCUAGCGGGCGAAAGGCAGUGGCGUUGGCGGCUGGGCGUGACUUGGCUGCUUGCUUUCGGCUGCCUGCCUGCUUGCUCGCCUGCCUGCCUGCCUGCCUGCCGGGGGGACCGCGAGUCAGUGCGGGGACUAGAGAGAGGGAGAGAAGAGUUCCUGGCAAAGACGGCGCGGCGCGCUCGCCUAGGAGCCUGCGACGCUGGAGCUGCGCAACAGGGAGCGGACUGCCUGGAGGAGUUGCCUGACCGCGGGGACUACUGUGCGCGCCAAGAGGCAAGGCAGCAGCUCUUGGAGGAGUCUUCUCGGGCCAAGGCGGUCGCCGUCGAGAAGGGGCCACGGAGGGGGGCUGAGGCGCCCACUCUAGCCUUCCCCCAGUACCUGGGAAGGCCGGAGGAGGGGUCUUUCUCCAGACGGAGGAAAUAUGGGGAAAGUUGAAAGUUGCCUCCUGACUUUGGCUGGACUUUGGCUGGCAGCGAGAGCGGAGACGUUCACAGGUGGCUGCUCCUUUGAUGAACCAUUUACCUCAUGUGGAUAUAGUCAGUCUGAUGAUGAUGAUCUUAACUGGGAGCAAGUGAACACUUUGGUAAAACCCUCGUCAGAUCCAUGGAUGCCAACAGGAUCAUUCAUGUUGGUUAAUGCUUCUGGAAGGUUUGGACAAAAAGCCCAUCUUUUACUACCACAACUUAAAGAAAAUGAUACUCAUUGCAUCGAUUUCAAUUUUUAUGUUUCCAGCAAGAGUGGGUCAAAUCCUGGCAUGUUAAAUGUUUAUGUGAAAGUCAAUAAUGGUCAACUUGGUAGUCCAGUGUGGAAUAUAUCUGGAGCUCCUACAGGAACCUGGAACAGGGUGGAAUUGGCAAUUAGCACUUUUUGGCCAAACUUCUAUCAGAUAGUUUUUGAAGUGAUCACUUCUAGUCACCAUGGAUACCUGGCUAUUGAUGAUGUGAAGGUUUUAGGACAUCCUUGCACCAGCACACCCCAUUUCCUGCGUGUCCAGAGUGUAGAAGUCAAUGCUGGCCAGUUUGCUACUUUUCAGUGUACUGCAAAUGGCAGAACAGUUCAGGGCAACAGACUUUGGCUUCAGGGAUUGCUUGUGCGAGAUGCACCUCUGAAAGAUAUAAAAAUUUUUAAUGAUCGGCGAUUCGUAGCUUCUUUUAGUGUGGUGAAUGCUACCAAACGUGAUGCUGGAAAUUACCGCUGCAUGAUUCGCACAGAAGGAGGAGUUGGAGUAUCAAAUUAUGCAGAACUAAUAGUUAAAGAACCACCAGUUCCUAUUGCACCACCUCAGUUGUCAUCGGUUGGUGCAACCUAUUUAUGGAUACAGUUGAAUGCCAAUUCCAUCAAUGGAGAUGGACCCAUCAUUGAAAGAGAAGUAGAAUAUCGCACUUCAAGUGGAAGCUGGUAUGACAUACAACCAGUGGACUCCACAAGCUAUAAAAUUGGACACCUGGAUCCUGAUACAGAAUAUGAAAUUAGUGUCCUGCUCACUAGACCAGGUGAAGGGGGUACUGGAUCUCCUGGACCAGCUCUUAAAACAAGGACGAAAUGUGCCGAUCCUGUGCGUGGUCCAAGAAAACUAGAAGUUGUAGAUAUCAAGUCCCGACAAAUCACUAUCACCUGGGAGCCAUUUGGCUACAAUGUAACUCGUUGCCAUAGAUACAACCUUACAGUCCAUUAUCGCUACCAAUCUGGUGGACAGGAACAAGUCCGAGAAGAAGUGAGCUGGGAUGCCGACAAUUCGCACCCUCAGCACACCAUUACUAAUCUAUCCCCAUACACUAAUGUCAGUGUCAAACUUAUUCUUAUGAACCCUGAAGGACGGAAAGAAAGUCAGGAAAUUGUUGAACAAACAGAUGAAGAUGUUCCAAGUGCCGUACCACUUGAAUCUAUCCAGGGAAGUACUUUUGAAGAGAAGAUUUACCUUCAGUGGAGGGAGCCAGUACAAACAUAUGGUGUGAUCACAUUAUAUGAGAUCUCCUACAAGGCUGUCAGCUCCUUUGAUCCAGAAAUAGAUUUAUCCAACCAAAGUGGACGUGUUUUGAAGCAUGGCAAUGAAACCCACUACUUAUUUUUUGGACUUUAUCCUGGGACUACUUAUUCUUUCACUAUAAGAGCCAGUACAGCCAAAGGGUUUGGACCUCCCGUCACAAGUCAGUUCACCACAAAGAUAUCAGCACCCUCUAUGCCGCCCUAUGAACAGGAUACACCUUUAAAUCAAACUGACAGUACUGUGACAGUUCUGUUGAAGCCUGCACAGAGCAGAGGUGCUCCAGUCAGUGUCUACCAAAUCGUCGUUGAGGAAGAACGUCCCCGUAGAACCAAGAAAACAACAGAAAUCCUGAAAUGUUAUCCAGUGCCAAUUCACUUCCAGAAUGCUUCACUUUUGAACUCUCAGUAUUAUUUUGCAGCAGAGUUUCCAGCCAACAGUAUUCAAGCUGCUGUGCCUUUUACUAUUGGUGACAACAAAACCUACAGUGGCUUCUGGAACACUCCUCUUCUUCCUCAUAAAAGCUAUAGCAUUUAUUUUCAAGCUGCCAGCAGAGCCAAUGGGGAAACAAAAAUUGACUGCGUCAGAGUGGCUAUAAAAGCUGCGAUAAUCGUGACUCAGCUUACAACACCAUACAUUCGCAUCGCCCCUGCUGCAGGCGACGACCAACUAACAGGUGCUGCUACUAGGAAACCAGACCCUGAACCAGAAAAGCAAACAGACCACACUGUUAAAAUUGCUGGAGUCAUUGCAGGAAUCUUGCUGUUCGUUAUUAUAUUUCUGGGGGUUGUGUUGGUUAUGAAGAAAAGAAGAAGCUAUCACUCCUACACUUAUUACCUGAAAUUGGCUAAAAAACGGAAAGAGACAUUGAGUAGCACACGACAGGAAAUGACAGUGAUGGUGAACUCAAUGGAUAAAAGCUACACCGAACAAGGCACCAACUGUGACGAGGCUUUCUCUUUCAUGGACACACACAAUCUAAAUGGGAGAUCUGUAUCCUCACCAUCUUCCUUUACAAUGAAAACAAAUACACUGAGUACAACAGUUCCUAAUUCUUACUACCCAGAUCCGUUUGUGCCAACUGCAAUUUUAGAUGAAACCCAUACAAUGGGCAGUGACACAAGCAGCUUGGUCCAGUCACACACCUACAAGAAGCGAGACCCUGUUGAUGUGCCAUACCAGACCGGACAGCUCCAUCCAGCCAUCCGUGUUGCGGAUUUGCUGCAGCAUAUUACACAGAUGAAAUGUGCAGAAGGCUAUGGAUUCAAGGAGGAAUAUGAGAGUUUCUUUGAAGGGCAGUCUGCACCAUGGGACUCAGCUAAAAAAGAUGAGAACCGAAUGAAGAAUAGAUAUGGGAAUAUCAUUGCAUAUGAUCAUUCUCGAGUUAGACUGCAGACCAUUGAAGGGGACGUAAACUCUGACUACAUAAAUGGAAAUUAUAUUGAUGGAUAUCACAGACCAAACCACUAUAUUGCUACACAAGGACCAAUGCAAGAGACAAUAUAUGACUUCUGGAGAAUGGUCUGGCAUGAAAAUACAGCAAGUAUCGUCAUGGUGACGAAUCUUGUGGAAGUGGGAAGGGUCAAAUGCUGUAAAUAUUGGCCAGAUGACACAGAGAUAUAUAAAGACAUUAAAGUUACUCUAAUAGAAACGGAGCUCCUGGCAGAAUAUGUGAUUCGAACAUUUGCAGUAGAAAAGAGAGGCGCACAUGAGAUACGAGAAAUCAGACAGUUCCACUUCACAGGCUGGCCAGAUCAUGGUGUGCCUUACCAUGCAACAGGACUCCUAGGAUUUGUACGACAGGUCAAAUCCAAAAGCCCACCUAAUGCAGGCCCACUGGUUGUACAUUGCAGUGCUGGUGCUGGCAGAACUGGAUGCUUCAUUGUCAUUGACAUUAUGCUGGAUAUGGCGGAAAGAGAAGGUGUUGUAGACAUAUACAACUGUGUCAGAGAGCUUCGCUCUCGAAGGGUUAACAUGGUGCAGACUGAGGAGCAGUAUGUAUUCAUACAUGAUGCAAUACUAGAAGCCUGUCUGUGUGGAGAUACAUCAGUUCCAGCUUCUCAAGUUAGAUCUGUGUACUAUGAAAUGAACAAACUGGAUCCUCAAACCAAUUCAAGCCAGAUCAAAGAAGAAUUUAGGACUCUGAACAUGGUGACUCCAACUUUGCGCGUGGAAGACUGCAGCAUAGCACUUUUACCGCGGAACCAUGAGAAGAACCGGUGCAUGGACGUGCUUCCUCCAGACAGAUGUCUGCCUUUCCUCAUCACAAUAGAUGGGGAGAGUAGUAACUACAUUAAUGCUGCACUGAUGGAUAGUUAUAAACAGCCUUCAGCUUUCAUAGUUACCCAGCAUCCUUUACCAAAUACUGUCAAAGAUUUUUGGAGACUGGUUCUAGACUACCACUGCACAUCAAUAGUUAUGUUGAAUGAUGUGGAUCCAGCACAAUUGUGUCCACAGUACUGGCCCGAAAAUGGGGUUCACCGACACGGUCCCAUUCAGGUGGAGUUUGUUUCUGCUGAUUUAGAAGAAGAUAUUAUCAGCCGGAUAUUCCGAAUUUAUAAUGCAGCAAGAGUUGGAUCCCCACAGCCCCAGGAUGGCUAUCGAAUGGUGCAGCAAUUUCAGUUCCUGGGAUGGCCCAUGUAUAGAGACACUCCUGUGUCCAAACGUUCUUUUUUGAAACUCAUACGUCAAGUGGACAAGUGGCAGGAAGAAUACAAUGGAGGAGAAGGCCGAACAGUUGUCCAUUGCUUAAAUGGAGGUGGCCGCAGUGGGACGUUUUGUGCAAUCAGUAUUGUUUGUGAAAUGCUGCGACACCAGAGGGCCGUUGAUGUAUUCCAUGCUGUGAAGACCCUGAGGAAUAAUAAGCCUAACAUGGUGGACCUUCUGGAUCAAUAUAAAUUCUGCUAUGAAGUGGCUUUGGAGUACUUGAAUUCUGGCUGAAGGUGGAAGUAGUAUUGCGGGAAGGGGAGACAAAACCUUUCACCGCCACAAUCAAAAGCAAGUUGCUUCAUGAUAUCUGUGUGUAUGAGAUGAGGACUUCUCAGUGUUACGCUUGUAUUGCUUUGUAUCGGCUCUUUUUAAGAGCCCAAGAAAGUCUUUCCAAACUUGCUUGCACUGCCCAUUUUCCACAGUAUGGCUGUUGCUUGAGACACCUACAAUCCCACAGUAACACACAAAUGCACUUCGGUGGCUGGACAGCACGAACAUAUAAACCCAUCAACUUGAUAGACCAGCCUAGUCAUCUGGUAAAUUAAAAGAGCACAAUUCUAUUCUGAUGAAGAAAUUUGUACUUUUUUGUUGUACUUUUUUUGUUGCCAGUAAUCCUCUGUUGUUGUUGUCAGAGCCUAGUGUACAUUUUUGUUCUGUGGAGAAUGCCGUCUAACGUUUUGAUAAUGUGUUUUUAGUUACAUUUGUAUCCUGUUUGCUCCUAAUAAAACAAAGCAUCUGUAGCUUAAACCAAACUAAUAGCUACACCCACAAAGACCACAUUAACGUUGCUGAGUUGUAUUUUCUGUCCAGCUUGUAUUGUUUCAGAAGGGAGAGACUUGAUGGAAGUCCAUUAAGAAAACAGAAAAAAUACAGGAUGAUCAGAUUAAUAUAUCCAAAGCUUUUCCCCAUUUGUUUAUAUUGUAAAUAUUUUUUUGAUUUCAUCAAAUUAUUUAUUCAUUAAAAAAUCUUUUGUGAA